ACGGCACGGAGCAGCGACUGGUUGGAACAUGGCGGGCGUAGGGCUAGUCAGGCUCGGGAAGGAGCUCAAGAUGCUAACCGACGAGCCACCCCCGGGAGUAUGUGCCUGGCCAGUCGAUGACUGCAUCACCCACCUCCAAGCUCAAAUCCAGGGACCAGAGGACACGCCGUACGAGCGCGGGACGUUCUUGCUGGAGCUAAAGAUUCCUGACAGGUAUCCCUUCGAACCCCCCAAGGUACGCUUCGUGACGCCCAUCUACCACCCCAACAUCGACAGCGGAGGCCGCAUCUGCCUCGACACCCUCAAGAUGCGACCAGCGGGCUCUUGGGCCCCUUCAAUGAACGUGCCCACCCUGCUGACAACCAUUCGCCUUCUCAUGGCCCACCCUAACGGCGACGACGGCUUGAUGCCAGACAUUACGGAGCUCUUCUUGAAGAACCCGUCGAGGUUCGCGGACGUUGCGCGAGCCCACGUGGAGGAGCACGCUCGACAGGACAAGCCCAGCCCAGCGACCGGCAAGGCAGCAGCACCGACGGAGAGACAAGCAGCCGAGGACACGGCCGCCGCCCCGAGAGGCGGCGAGGAGGGAAAGGCCGGGAAGACAUCGGUUCCUUCGAUCGCCACCACAAGUAGGGAUUCUGGUCGUCCCUCUGCGGUUGGCGAGAAGUUGGGAAGUUUGUCCCCAGAUAAGAAUAGCCGAAGUAGAGAAACCUCGGUAAAAACAGCGGCAGCGGCGGCGGGAAACGACGAGGUCGGCAAGGUUUCUGAUGGUGGCGUGCGGUCACCGCCGUCUCCCACGGGGGGGGAUGGGAAUGGGACCGCCGCGGCGUCUUCCGCUGCUGAAGGCGACGGGAGUGAUGACUCCCACGCGGGGAAAGGAAAAGGUCCUGCGGCGGCUGCGCAGAAGCCCCCAGAUGACGACAACGACAGCAGCAGCAACACCCGAAGGGAUAGCUGUGUAGAAAAUGGUGGAAGGGCCGAAAGCGAUGGUGACGGCGCGAGUUCGGACGACGGGGCGUGGAGCGACAGCGAAGACGAUGACGACGACCGCACCGGUGGUGCAACGUCGAACAAACGAGCGCGGACGGCGAUGUAG